UUCAAAUACAUUGACUGUUACAUAUACUGCCCACACAUGUCUAGUAAUCAAUGACGUAUGAGAUCUUUUGAAAUAUAAACUAUUUGUUAAUGUCAUUUGUGAUUUAGCUCCAACAGAGGAUAUCAUGCUUUUCACAUUCGUGUGCUGUUUGCUGGUGACCAGGUCCUUGGGCCUGCCGGAAAACUUUCAAAUAUUAGCCGAUUUCAUAUUUGAUGUUGUGGACGUUAAUCCAAAAGAUGGCAUAAUUACCGAGAGCGAAUGGGACAUCUUCUACUCAGCCGCUGAUUCAAACAAUGACCAGUGUCUAUCGAAGGCCGAGUACCAACACCAAAGUCCGGUGAUAACCGCGGCAGAGACGGCCCAUUUGUAUUCCAUAUAUGAUCAUGACCAUAAUGGAUGCAUCGACCUUGAAGACUUAAAGGCCGAAUACUAUAUUAUGGACCAAAUGGAUGAUGGACAAGUAGUAAAAGCCGAGUUCGAGCAGUACUACAUCAAUCUUCUCAACUUUGUCGUUGGAAACAUAAUCACGUCAAGAGUCACCAGUCCAUAUGGAAAAACAACGUCAUCAGCAAACACCCUUCCUGGAAACUUUCAAGCAUUGGCCGAUUUCAUUUUCGGUGUGUUGGACGUCACCCCUAAAAACGACGUGGUUACAGAGAGUGAAUGGGACGUCUUCUAUGGAUCGAUUGAUUCAAAUCAUGACCAGUGCCUAUCGAAGGCCGAGUACCAACACCAAAGUCCGGCAAUAACCGCGGCAGAGACGGCCCAGUUGUAUUCCAUAUAUGAUCAUGACCAUAAUGGAUGCAUCGACCUUGAAGACUUGAAGGCCGAAUACCAUAUCAUGGACCAAAGGGGUGACGGUCGAGUUGUAAAAUCCGAGUUUGAGCUCUACUACGUCAAGCUUCUGAAUUCUAUACUUGACAACAACACCGGCCCGGUCAGUUAAACUGCACCCACUAUGUAAUCACCAGACAAGAGGAUGCAAUAAGUGUAACUUUGAUGAAGAAUUAAAUUUUUAAAAAGAGAA